AUGGAGAGGGUCCAAACUACGCCAAUACAAGCACAGAAUCAAUCGACUCCAGAUUGGUGCAAUCAGAAAAUCUUUCAACGCAACCGUCUCGCCCCUCGAUCCUACUAUCUUCCGGACACGGCGGUCUGUUUGAAUGGGAAAUGGGCUUUCAAUUACUCUCAAACUCCCCAGCAGGCGCCUGAUUGUAAAACAUUCAGCAGCCGAUCCCCUUUUGAGCCCGAAACACAGGAUGUCGCUUGGGCACCCAUCGAUGUUCCCGGCCAUUGGCAAUUGCAGGGUUAUGGCAGACCUCAUUAUACCAACAUUGUCUAUCCCUUUCCCGUCUGUCCACCUGACGCACCAACGGAGAAUCCCACUGGGACGUACUGUCGAGUCUUUAGCUUACCCUCCACGUUCAGCGAGGACAGCCAGCUGAGACUGAGGUUCGACGGCGUAGAUAGCGCCUUCUAUUUGUGGUUGAAUGGAGUGGAGGUCGGCUAUGCUCAAGGGAGUAGGAACCCAGCAGAAUUCGACAUCACGAAGCAUGUACGAAGAGGCAAGCCCAAUCAUAUUCUGGUCAAAGUUCUUCAAUGGUGCUCUGGAAGCUAUAUUGAGGAUCAAGAUCAAUGGUGGCUUUCCGGUAUCUUUCGCGAUGUUCACCUCAUAGCGCUUCCGGGCCGGGCGCGAAUCGAGGAUUUCUUUAUCAAGACGCAGCUUGACGAAAAGUACGAAGAUGCGGCACUGGACGUUGACAUCGACUUGGUUUUACAAGAUGAAUGCCUCCUGUCAUUAGACCUCAGAGAUACUAACGGCAAACUUAUCACGAAAGAGAAGCACAUUCCCCUUUCAUCAAAAUCUACAAAGUACUCACAUUCGAUCAAAGUCCUGAACCCACACAAAUGGACUGCAGAGACGCCUUAUCUCUACACCCUAGAGAUACGCCUUUCGUCCGCUAUGGGCGGUGCUAACCCCAUUCAUUCCAUCAACCACGCAGUGGGUUUUCGCUCCGUUGAGGUCAAAAAUGGCAACAUCCGCGUCAACGGGAAAGCCAUUCUAUUCCAGGGUUCCAACCGCCAUGACAACCAUCCGCACCUCGGCCGUGCAGUUUCAUCAGACUGGGUCCGUCGCGAUCUUCUUCUAAUGAAGAACCACAAUAUCAAUGCAGUGCGCUGUUCCCACUACCCUUCUCAUCCGAGUCUGCCUGGGCUCUGCGACGAGCUCGGUUUGUGGGUCAUCGAUGAAGCAGAUCUCGAAUGCCACGGCUUCGCAACUGCGGCGGCUUCAGGGCUCAACCUCGAAGGUCUAAACUACGAGGAAAAGGUGCAGCGUACAUCGAAGGACGCCGCAGAUUACACUUCGGACAACGUUGAGUGGGAGUCUGCGUAUCUCGACCGUAUGUAUCAAUUGGUCGAACGUGACAAGAACCAUCCAAGCGUUAUCAUCUGGUCGCUGGGAAAUGAAGCAUUCUAUGGCCGGAAUCAUGCUGCUAUGUCCAAGUGGGCGAAGAAACGCGAUCCCGGCCGCCUGAUACACUACGAGCCAGACUGGCAAGCCAGAACGACCGACAUGAUUUCACACAUGUACACGUCUCCUGCUGACUUGCAGAGAGAAGCAGAGUCCGAGGGUGAUGAUUUCGAAAAGCCCAUCAUACUAUGCGAAUAUGCUCAUGCAAUGGGCAAUGGUCCCGGGCUUUUGGACACCUACCGGUCCCUUUUCCGUUCACAGAGACGGCUUCAAGGAGGGUUCAUCUGA